GAUACAAGCAAAUUCUAUCAGGAUUCGGGGGAGGGGAGGAUGACAAGAAAGGGGUUAAGGGAUAUUAGAUCGAGCCAUUUGUCAAACUAUUCUUAGCCUUGCUGCUAAUUAUAUUUUACUGGUUGGCUUGAGCGUUUCUGUCUGAGAUUCAACAGCCAGUCCAAUGCAGUCUGCUUUUUUUUGUUUCUUAUACAACGCGAUGGAGCAAGAUGAGAUCGAUCCAGUCUUAGAGAUCGGCCAACGUACUUCGAGAAGACAUAGGCACUUGCCUACUUCCGUUACCUCGGCUGUUCCAACCCGCUCCCUAAAGGGUUACAAACAUACGCCACUACUUAAAAUGUCAUAUCGCCCAGUUGAGAAAGGAGAACAAGAAGGAAAAGCAACAGGAUACCAGAAGCACACAACAGAUACCUACCAAAGACGACGAAAACACCAAGAUAAGUUGAAAGAAAGAACAAAGCGACUCAUAGCCACCGAUACUGCAAUCAAAAAUAACACGAAAAAAUACACUAUAUGGUGUAUAAGUACAUUAUGGAUCUUGUUUUUAUGCUACCGCAUAGUAACCAGUAUGCAGAAAGAGAAUUACGAGCAAUUAAGCGUAGUCCAUUUUAUUACGAAUAUCAUCAAGUCAAGGCUUGGUGGUACAUAAAGGAGGGGGGAAAAUAGGGGGCUACUUGGUUUCGUCAGUAUAAUCAAUGUACGUCUAUUUUGAUUGUUAUACUUGAUCAUGAGGUUGUCUAAAACAAACAACAAUAAAUUCUGUUUUUUUCUUAUUUCCUUG